UUCAUUUCAGAUCGUGAACAACGUGAUAUUGCUAGCAAAUUAUUACUUCAUUCAUAAAUAUUAUCAUUAGUUAUACUUCUGCAUGCUAUAUUCCAAAUAUUUUUUAAUCUUUUACAUUGAAGUUAUUUGGUUUAAGGAUAAAAUGGAUAGUAAUAAAAUUAACACUAGCAUCAAAAUGGAAUGCGAGAGUGAUGAACAAAUGGAUCAAGUUUCAAUCAAGUUGGAGGAAGAAAACAAUUUUGGUCAACUUGACGUAGCAUCGGAUCAACCACUGGAUUUAACCACAGCUCGUAAAAAUUACGAUGCAGAGAUUGUGGCUAUGAAAGAACCAAUGAACAAAACAUCUGACUGCAAAAAAAUUACUCAAUUCAGGGCAAACGGUGAAAACAGUACAUUUUUCGGAAAUGUAAUAAUACCAAAAGUCUUUUCUUUUCCCGAAAAAUGUAACGUCGUGAACAAGCUUGUACCAGAUGAUUUGUCUAUUGGGUCGUCGGGACUAUCCCAAAUAAGCUGGAAUGGUCCCGCCAGCGUUAAUUCUACAUACUCGGAUAUGUCGGAAGACGAAGAAAAAUCAGUUACAAUAACCAUGAAUGAAUCUUUGAAUGAUUCUUUCGGUGUUAACACGCAAGAUUCGUUAGAUUUGAAUGACUCGAAAUCUCGAAUCGCUGUGCGGUUUUUAUUAAAAAAGUCCAAGCGUUUCUACAGUUUUUGCGGUGCUGUACGCUUUUACCUUAGCAAAUCUGCAGAAACAAAUACGAAUAAAAUUAAAAAAAUCGUGUCAAAUUUAAAAGGUCUGAAGGAGACUGUCAAGAAAACGAUUGUCAGUGCCACGCCAAAAUCAAUCAGUCAAAUAACUAGUUCUAUCUUUAGCUCCAUAAAAGGACAUCGGAUUCCCGAGUGCUUACAAUUUUUUGGUCUUUCCUUUUCGUCAAUGUCCAAAUGUAGCAGACUCAAGUACAUCGAAAAUGUGUCAAGUUUGCCAUUACAAUCGAAAUCUCUCAAAGGGAUUGAAAAGGACAAAGAGACGUACGUUAUACCUACGGGAAUGGCCGAUAAUCACAAGGAAAAAUUCCAAUUUCUCAAACCGAAAGUUUACGAGUGCGGUGUUUGCGAUACCCGCUUUUACAAAUUACCGAUUUAUUUAAGACACAUAAGACGCCAUGUAGUUAUAAAUAGAUGCAACAGUUGUAACAAAGCCUUUUCUUCUGUAAUUAACAAAAGACGCCAUCAGCUCCAAUGUCGCAGUCGAGUAAAACCUUAAAAACUUGACAUGUUCAAGCCAUAAUCGAUUCGUUCGAUCGCGUCGUAUUACAAUUGGUUGCAAAAAUCAAUAAACCUUGGUCGUGGGAUUGUUUGGUCUAAACGGAUUUUUCAGGCCCAAAUUCGUCGUAUAAUGCUAAAUUUAAUUUACUUUGAUUACGUUUUUUAGCCCAUUAAUCAUGAACAUUGAUUUUAGUUUAAAUAUUUAGAGCCUAUGUAUUGGUAGAAAAAUAAGUUUAAAUUUUAUAGAUGGGAGCCAUACAAGAAUUAUCUUAUGACUAGAUUAUAAAUCUUGGUAUAAUUGUUGAUUUUUGAAGUUGUAAAUAAAUUAUUAUUCAAAUUUGAGGUUGAUUUCUUAAUCGAAAUGAGCUCGUUUACAUCAAAAUUAAUUAUUGUUCAUUUUGCUUGCAUUUCGACGAGCGUUUGCUUUGCAUCCUGAAUCACGAUAUCGAGUGUCUGUUGUUUUUAUAAAAUAUUGUAAUUUUUUUAUGUUAAUCAUUUCAUCACGUUCAAGGUGAAACAAAUUGUAUUAUAAUUUUCAUAUUUCUAAAACAUCCUAUGUAGAAUAGAGGAAUAAAAAAAAGUGAAAUUUCA